CUGCACCCCCAUGGUGGGGCCCCCGCUGCAGGCCGCCAGCGGCAGUGCCGGCGGCGGCGCCGCCUGCGCCCUGGACGCUGGGGCCCCGCCGGCGCCGGCACGCAAGUGCAGCCGCCGCGUGUCGUCCAGCGACGCCCACUCGGCCGUGUCGCGCGACCUCCGACCCCUGCUGCCGCCGCCGCCCACCUCUGCCGCCGCCGCCGCCUCCUCGUCUUCGUCGCAAGGCGGUGGGAGCGACCCGCUGGCGCGCAUGCAGCUGCUGACGCUCAACGACGCUCGCACGUCGCCGGGCGGGCGGCCCCAGGAACGCGACCGCCACCGCGAGCUGGCGCUCACGCUGCAGCAGCUGGGCAUGUGCUCCGAGGCCAACUACGCCAACGAUCUCUACCUCUACAUGAUGCGGCGCCAUCAGCACCAGCAGUUCCGCGUCUCCGACGUCCCCCAGGCGUUGACUCAGCGCAUGCGAGGCCUGCUCGUCGACUGGCUCGUGCAGGUGCAGGUGUACUUUGACAUGUCGGAGGAGACGCUGUACCUGGCCGUGUACCUGCUCAACGCGUACCUGCGCGUCGCCGAGGUGCACGUCCCCACGCUGCAGCUGCUGGGCAUGACGUGCCUCUACGUGGCCUGCAAGAUGGAGGAGAGCUCCGUGCCAGAGGCAAGACAAAGACCCCCCCCCCCCCACGUGUAG